AUGGCGCUGGUGCCGCUGAGGCCCGGCAGAGCCGCCAGCCGCCUCCUGCCGCUGCUGUGCGGGGGGGCCAGGAGCAAAGGAGCCUCGAUGAGCCCCGGGGCGCCGGGCCGCCUCGGCCAGCGGCGCUACAAGAAGGACGUGCUGCCCUCCCCCGACGGGCCCGCGCCCUCCGUCUCCAUCACCGAGAUCCGGCAGUAUCUGCGGGCGCAGGAGAUCCCCUUCCACGAUGGGUACAGCUGCCUGCACACCCCUAGUCUCUUCACCGGCGACCGCGGAGACCAGCCGCUGUCCGCCAAUGCCCCGUUCACGCUUUUCAUUGACAAAACCACGGGCAGUUUCCUGUGCACAGCCACUCUGGCCGAGGGCACCUGGCAGGACUUCCAGGCUAACGUGGAAAUGCGGCACCGUGGCAUUACCCCUAUUCCCCCUGCCAGCUCGGAGGAGAUGGAGGAGGAAAUGCGACAGGCUCGCGAGGAUGCCCGCUGCAUCUGGGAACGGGCUCUGCCGCUCUGGGAGCUGCUGGAUGAGAAGGAAACCAAGGAGACCAAGGCUUUGUUUGGUAUCUCCCAGGUGUCAGAUACCACCUUAAAGCGCUUCGGUGUGCGUUAUCUGAGGACUGCCAGGUCUCUCGUUUUCCCCUGGUUUAGCCCUCAAGAUGCGACCCUGAAGGGCCUGAAGCUCGUGAGGGUGGAGAAAAAGGGGGGCACGAUAACUUACGUGGAAGAGACUUUACCCCGCUUCGAGUCCUAUCGCAAUCUUUUUGGGCUGUCCCUGAUUGGCCGCCGAGACACAGAACUGGUCUUAACUGGGUGGGAGCUGGAUGCCCUGGCCUUGCACCAAGCUGCAGGAGUGGCCAGCGUGGCCCUGCCUCGGGGGGCCAGCUGUCUGCCUCCCACCCUUCUCCCCUACCUGGAGCAGUUCAAGCGCAUCACGCUGUGGCUCGGCGAGGACUUGCGCUCCUGGGAAGCUGCCAAGCUCUUUGCUCGCAAGCUGAGCCUCAAGCGCUGCUCUCUGGUGCGCCCUGGCAGCCUGCAACCCCGACCCUUGGAGGCUCUGAACCAGGGCCUGAACGUCACAAAAAUCCUGCGUUCUGCCCUGCUGGCUAGCCACAAAUCCAUCAUCUCCUUCCGGCAGCUGCGUGAGGAGGUGUUCGGGGAGCUGGUCAACACUGAGCAGGUGUCUGGCGUCAAGUGGACACGUUUCCCCGAGCUCAACAAGCUCCUCAAAGGGCACCGCAGAGGGGAGCUCACCAUCUUCACAGGCCCAACGGGCAGUGGGAAGACCACGUUUAUCAGUGAGUAUGCACUGGACCUGUGCAUGCAGGGCGUGUGCACGCUGUGGGGCAGCUUUGAGAUCAACAACGUCCGCCUGGCCAAAAUCAUGCUGACGCAGUUUGCUGGUCGGCGCCUGGAGGACCAGCUGGAACUGUACGAUGAGUGGGCUGAUCGCUUCGAGGAGCUCCCGCUCUACUUCAUGACCUUCCAUGGCCAGCAGAACAUCAAGACAGUGAUUGACACCAUGCAGCAUGCAGUCUACAUGUAUGACAUCACCCACGUGAUCGUUGACAAUCUCCAGUUCAUGAUGGGACACGAGCACUUCUCUGUGGACAGGCUUGCUGCCCAGGACUACAUCGUUGGUGCCUUCCGCAAGUUUGCCACAGACAACACGUGCCACAUCACCCUGAUCAUCCAUCCUCGCAAAGAGGAUGAUGAGAAAGAGCUGCAGACAGCCUCCAUCUUCGGUUCUGCCAAGGCCAGCCAGGAGGCCGACAACGUCCUCAUCCUGCAGGACCGUAAGCUGGUGACAGGGCCAGGGAAGCGCUACCUGCAGGUGUCCAAGAAUCGCUUUGACGGGGACGUGGGUAUCUUCCCACUGGAGUUCAGCAAGGCCUCGCUCUCCUUCUCGUCUUCCAAAAGCAAGGUCAGGCUGAAGAAAGUGAAGGAGGAGAAGGAGAUUUCAGCCAACAAAAUCGUGGAGGGAGGCUCAGGAGCCUCCAAGAAGCCAUGA